AUCCACAAUCGACAAUCCAGUCCACUACGGGCUUCAUGACACUACAGUUUAUACGCGAUUUUAAAUCGAUUGACUUUCUUUAGUUCGAUAUCAUCGACAAUUCGCUGAUUACUUCUUCGAUUGCAGACGAAUCAUGAAGACAAUCCCGGUGAUUUUGUCAGCUAUUUUUGUGACGUUUUCGGUCCGGCCUAGCGAACAGCAAUGCCUUACUGCAAACGACCAAAGGGUUCCUAGUCCUACGGGACAUUUAGGACUCUACACUGGGCAGCAAAGUUUUUCCUUGUCUUUACUGCAAGCGAUCAACCAAUUCAACCCGCACGAGAACAUUUUCUUUUCGCCUUAUUCUACAUACCAUGCCCUACUCAUGACCUACUUUAUAUCAGCAAACCAAACCGAAAUGUACCUGAAGAAGACUCUCAAACUGAGCCCGACACAGGAUAAAGCUGAUAUAUUCAACGCUUACAAGUUGGACGAAUAUACAACCAGGACCGGGCUAAUUAAAAAUGGCACCUACGAAUUCACCAACGCGAACAGAAUAUAUGUCGCCAAGGAUAUUCCCUUAAGAACCUGCGUCCUCUCUUUGUUCGGAAGCGAACUAAUUCAGUUCAACUUCCAAGAAAACCCCGAAGCCGCAAGGACUUCUAUAAACCAUUGGGUGGAAGAAAAGACCCAUGAUAUGAUCAAGAAUCUACUUCCGCCGGGCACUAUUGACGAAAAAACAAGUUUGGUGCUGGUGAAUGCGGCCUAUUUCAAAGGAAAAUGGGAAAACAAAUUCAAUCCUGAAGAAACUAAGCCUGAAGUGUUUUAUAUUUCACCCUCCAAACAAACCAUUGUUGACAUGAUGCAUGUUGAGGCCACAUUCAACUAUGACGUUUCUGAAAACUUAAUGGCUCACAUCCUCGAAUUGCCCUACGAGGGUGAAGAUAUCAGCAUGUACAUUUUAUUACCCCCAUUCGCCAAAGAAGACGGCAUCGAUACGGUGCUGAAAAAGUUGACUAUCGACAACUUCAAAGAAGUUGUGAAUGGAUCCCUUUCACCUCGACAAGUGCAAGUGUCCUUGCCGAAAUUCAGUUUGGAACACACCAUCGAACUGGCUCCGGUCCUUCAGUUUCUUGGUGUCGGCAACUUGUUCCAUGAAGACGCGGACUUUUCUGUGUUAUCUGGAAGAAGGGACUUGUCCGUUGGGGCCGGCGUGCACAAAGCAAAAAUCGAAAUUGAUGAGCAUGGUGCGAAGGCCGCAGCGGCCACAGCCUUAUUCUCCUACCGAAUUAUGGGAGACGAGACGGAAGACGUCGUCGAAUUUAAAUGCAACAGGCCCUUUAUAUUCUUUUUGUACAAUAAAAAAAUGAACACGAUACUCUUCACCGGUAUAUUUCGUCGACCUGCCUAAGUGCCUAAAUUACGAAAUAUCGAACACUUUGUAAAAUAUUUUGAUUACCUACUGCAUUUUUAUAAGUAUUUUUGAUCUCAGCAGCUAUUAAAACUAAUUUUUACCUCAGAUAUUACUGUUUGGAAUAAUAACACCCUGUACUUAUAGUAGAAAGCUUUAUCACGUAUGUUCUGAUACCGAAUACCUAAAAAUAUUUAGAAAAGGGCAUUCACUUUUUCUGUUAAUUGAAUCUAUAACAUGUAUAAUAACAAUAAAAGCGAUAAAAUGUACAAAAAAUGUAA